UUGCGGGAGGGACAAACCACUUCCUUACGCAAAAAGGGGCACUGCCGGGGGAAGGCGCUAUGUGGGAGUAAGGCUGGCGGGUAGGGGGUGCAUAGGGACUGAAUGAUCCCUGCAGCAGCCGGGCAGAGUGGGAUGUGCUUAGCGGCGCUCAGCCCGGGCUAUGGGAGCUGCUGCUGCUGAUGUGUCGGCUGCUGUCUGUCACUGUGCGUGUCACUGCCCCCCCCCCAGCCCACUCUCUGCAACUGAGCGGCACCGCUCUCACUUACACUCCGGGCAUCUGCUGAGGGACUGCUAGGGGCUCCCUACCCACCGACACUGUCAGCACAAACCAUGAACUACGUGGGGCAGUUAGCCGGCCAAGUGUUUGUCACUGUGAAAGAGCUGUACAGAGGGCUCAAUCCUGCCACGCUGUCCGGAUGUAUAGACGUGAUAGUCGUACGGCAGCCCAAUGGCAACAUGCAGUGCUCCCCCUUCCAUGUGCGCUUUGGGAAAAUGGGGGUACUGCGGUCUCGGGAGAAAGUGGUGGAUAUUGAAAUAAAUGGAGAACCUGUGGAUUUACACAUGAAAUUGGGAGACAACGGGGAAGCGUUUUUUGUUACAGAACAAGAGGAAAAUGAGGAGGCCAUCCCAUCUCACCUGGCCACCUCACCUAUCUUGCUUGAAGGAGCUGCUCUGAUGGAGUCUCAGCUGAGGAGGAACUCUAUGGACUGGCCAAGGUCUCUCGACUCUUCUGACCCCUCUCAGCCCUCUAGCAGUAUGCACUUGGCCGCAUCAGGAGCAGAGAACCUGUCGGUGAAGAAGAGAAGGAAACGGAGGAGAAAGUCGAAGGUGGACAAUCUGAAGAGAGAGGACAACUGUGAUACCAGUGAAGAUGAAGAUAUGUUUACCAUAGACAUGAGUUCUGAUGAGGAAUGUGAUCCGCUGGAUACAUCUAAGUCCAUGGCUCCAAGCAGCUACAUUGAUAUGAACCAAGGGGGGAAGAGCCCAUUUGGCAAAGCAGAAGCACAUCCUCACUCUGAUGGCGAGUGGUCACCUUUGAAAAGUAAAUCAUUAGGGCGCAAAGUGACGUCGGCUCCUCUACAUGUUCCGCCAGAAGGAGGUCUGUCUAGCUCCUGCCCCCCGCAGCGCUGCUUUCCGCGUGCUUCUGACAGUCCUCCAGGUUCCCGACCGGCAACCCCUAAAAGUGAUUCUGAGUUGGUGAGCAAACCGUUGGAGCGAGGGUUAUCCACUAGCGAGCUUCCAAUGCACUGGGCCUGGGGGGAGCUGCCGCAGGCAACAAAGUCACAUCUGCACAAAGCCAAGGAAUCGAGCACUGUGAGCAUAAACAUGACAGAGAGCACACAUUUUAGGAUCAUCCCAAGCACUACUAAUGUGGGGGCAGGUUCAUCCCCAGAACUUGGAGAGAGUCAGACCAUUUCUUUGGUUCUAGAUGAUGCCAGACUCAAUCCUCCUCCGCCACUCAUUACUGAGCCUGAUAUUGAGUCUCUAGGAGCUGCUGCACCUCCUCUUCCUUAUGAUGAGGAACCCAGUCCCAGAUCCCCAGGUUUGGUUUCACCAGCCGGCAAGACUGAUUCUCCUUCUAAAAAGAAAGAUAAGCGGAGCCGACACCUUGGGGCUGAUGGUGUUUAUUUGGAUGAUAUCACGUGCAUGGAUCCUGAGGUUGCCGCUUUGUAUUUUCCAAAAAGUGGAGAUACAGCAGCCCCAGGCAAGAGUGUGAAUGAGAAUGGGGGCCGCUCUGCCAACCAAUCUCCACAGUCGGUGGGAAGCUCAGGGGUUGACAGUGGAGUAGAAAGCAUCUCAGAUGGCAUAAGGGAUCUGCCUUCCAUUUCAAUAUCACUAUGCGGGGGCCUUACGGACAACAAAGAGAUAACAAAAGAGCAGUUUAUAGAGCAAGCGGUGACUUAUCAGCAGUUUGUGGACAAUCCUGCCAUCAUCGACGACCCCAAUCUUGUCAUUAAAAUUGGCAACAAGUAUUACAACUGGCCAACGGCAGCCCCGCUUCUCCUGGCCAUGCAGGCUUUCCAGAAGCCGCUGCCUAAGGUAACGAUCGAUACUCUGAUGAGAGACAAGAUGCCCAAAAAAGGGGGGCGCUGGUGGUUUUCCUGGAGGGGCAGAAACACAAACAUAAAAUCGGAAGCCAAGCCAGAUCAAGGCUUGAAUGGAAAUGGGCCCUACAGUGGGGGGCAGCCAGUUGGGAGCAGCUUGGAAAAUAGAAUCAAAGAUGAAUCAUCGUCGAGCGAUGAAGACCCUCGGGGUGCCAAGCAGAGCAUCGGCUCCCUGCAGUCGAACCAGACUCACAAUUCAUCACCCGGCAUCACGUAUAAAAAGACAUUGAGGCUGACCUCUGACCAGCUUAAAAGCCUCAAGCUGAAAAAUGGUCCCAAUGAUGUUGUAUUUAGCGUCACCACUCAAUAUCAGGGCACGUGCCGAUGCGAAGGUACCAUUUACCUCUGGAACUGGGACGAUAAAAUCAUCAUUUCGGAUAUUGAUGGAACCAUCACUCGGUCGGACACACUGGGUCAUAUUCUGCCAACCCUGGGGAAAGACUGGACUCACCAAGGGAUAGCAAAGCUGUACCACAAAGUGAGCCAGAACGGCUAUAAGUUUCUGUACUGCUCAGCCCGGGCCAUUGGAAUGGCUGAUAUGACCAGAGGCUACCUUCACUGGGUAAACGAGCGCGGGACAGUACUACCUCAGGGACCUGUUCUCCUAAGUCCUAGCAGUUUGUUCUCUGCCUUACACAGGGAAGUGAUUGAAAAAAAGCCUGAAAAAUUCAAGAUUGAGUGUCUGACGGACAUCAAAAAUUUAUUUCAGCCUAACGAGGAGCCAUUUUACGCUGCUUUUGGAAACCGAGCCACAGACGUGUAUUCAUACAAAGAAGUCGGCGUUUCGCUAAACAGAAUAUUUACUGUCAAUCCCAAAGGGGAGCUGAUUCAGGAGCACGCAAAGACCAACAUAUCAUCGUAUGUUAGACUCUGCGAAGUGGUGGAUCACAUCUUCCCUUUACUAAAACGGAGCAACUCCUCAGAUUUUCCCUGCUCCGAUAUAUACAGUCAUUUCACAUUCUGGAGGGAGCCGUUACCGCCAGUUGAAAAUCAAGACAUUCAUCCGCCCGAAUCUUAAAUAUGCACAGUCUCCAACUUUAUAGAAGAACCUAAACCAAUAUAUUUGAUGCUGAGUUCUCCUACUUCUUUGACUUUUCCUGGACUUUCAGUGAAACUGCGUCCUUCCAAGAUAAUGAGUAACAUGAGGAUAUUGUGCUUUUUUUUCCAGACAUUUUGCAAAGAGUUUUGAAGGUACUAGAUAAGUAUGGUAGAGGAGCCAUACCCGUGAAAUGGAGACUGCAACCUUUCUCUGGAGGGCUCUUUGGUUCAGUUCAGUUCAUUAGGAAGAAAUGUUUUUCCGUAUUGAAAUGUAUUAAGCAUAGCCUAAUAUUGCAGGAAGCCAUAACCAGGAAUGAGCCAGGAGAUAUCCAUGCCAACCUUCAGAGCCAACAUUAGUUGUGGCAUGUUUGAAGGCAAAAUAGGCUAUACAGGGCCUGAUUAUUAUAGAGUAACACUAUACAUCCUAUGAACCUCAUCUUUUGUUGGCUGCUGAUAGUUCUGCACUAUCUUGUCCAACUGCCGCCAUCUUGUCCUACUGUUGCCAUCUUGCCUUACUAUACCUGGUAUCUCACCCUCUGCUGCUCUGUAGGACCCUGUACAGGCUCCAUGGCAAAUGCCUCCAGUUUCACCCCCAAAAACCAGCCGAAUAAACUAGAUAUGGAAUGAUAGGAGUAUUUCUAAAGGUGCAGAUAAAAUAAUUGGGUUUACAUGUGUACAUUGGAAUAGAAUUCUUGCUGUACUUAAUUGGCCAAACCAAUAUGAAAUUGCACUGUAUAGGCAAACUGUGACAUCUAACUGUAUAAGGGAUGACUGGAACUCAAUAUCUGCAUUUUUGCUGCGGAAGUACAAAAGCAUUGGAUAUGUAGAAGUAUAUCGGUUCAUGAAUGGUUUUUGCAUGAUUUUAGGCUUUGGCAUCAAGUGGUGCGUUAUUAUUAUUAUUCACUCCAGUAGAAUGUAUAGACGGCAGGCUAAAGGCAGCAGCAUACCAAAGACACGGCAGCUUUCCAUUUCUGCCUUAGCAACAACAUCUGGACCUUUAAGUGACACCAUCAUGGCAGACAUGGCCUUGGUUUCUUUGGUUCCAUCACUGCGGUUGGCGCGAGUAUAACAGGGAUACUGAAAUGUCCGCCUAUUGGAACUGACCUGCCUCAUUCCGGGUGAAAAGAAUGGGAUCUCGAAUGGACUAUUUACUCUUUCUGUGAAAGAAAACUGAUAGGACGCUUACAUAGUAAUGCUGGUUUCUCUUACACCUAUAGACGAAUAUUUUUUUAUUAAGCAAUAGUUGAAGAAUAUGUAUUGAGGUGCAAACAGUAUUUUUUUUUGCAUUUGUGUCUUUUCCUUGAUUACACUGAGUUAUUAAUUAACACUGAGUUAAUGUGAGAAUUAUGCUAUUACUGUAAAAUUCAAUUAAGUCCAAUAGUGUUUAUUGUGCGCACUGUACAGAGUCACAUACUGUAAUGAAAUGGUGCCCAAGUGGAGCCCAUGGAGUCUACCGCAAAAUUCAGUUUUUCUACAAAAAAAAAUAAAUAGGCGGAUUGGCUAAUUUUGUGGAUAACAGUUCAUAAAUGUAUAGGAUUCUGCUCCCUAAUUGAAUGUAAGUUUUUGGUGCUGUAUUUUUUGGAGGAAACCUUCCUUAUGCACUGCUGCUGUGGCUACAUCUACUGUUGGGAUGUCAAUAUGUUAAGCACUCGCAGUGCUCACUUUUAUAGCCCAGGCUCCUCCUCUUCAAAAAUGCACUGGCCCAGGCUACUCUUUCUGUGACCACCUUGCUGCCAUUAUGUUCUAGUGGUUUAGGAAAGUGUUUUUUUCCAUAUUUGCUGAUUUACUGAUGUACGUCUAUAUACAGUGGCACUGGUGGUGCCAGGAUUGUUCUCUACCCCUCAGUUUUUCCACUUUGGCUCCGAACUCUUACGUCAUCAGGAGGUAGAAACGUUUUUGAGCGCCAUUCUUACUUUUCUCCGCAUCUAACUGAUCUUCCACCCCUGUGUACUUCAUAGGCGCUCAGCUUCAGUAGACGAAGGGGGUGUCUGAGACGAGGAACAGAACUGGGACACAACAUAGGAAAAGUACCGAGCUGGUGCAUUUUUUUUCUUUAUAGAAGAGAAUAGCUGACCCACGGUGGGAAGUAAGCAUCUAGAACCCCCCCCCAGUUAUUCUGCCUGUCCUUUUCCUGUAAGGCAGAGAUUUAGCUGUGAACCAAACUAAAACACUGUAAAGGCCAGAGUCCUAUGCGGGUCUGGUUCGGUAUACCCAUGCCUGCUACCCUACUCUACCGGCGCCCUUACCCAACCUGGAGAUCCACAAACCUGUAAGUGAUGUCAUUUUGGUGGUGGAUCUACCAGGUCAUGGGGAAAAAUACUAUUUCACUCGGGGAGAAUCUCAAGCCUGCUCUUGAUGCAGGUAUCCAGGCAGGAUGCCCACGGGUAGGAACGUUCUGCCCAUAACCUGACCACGUUGCAUGUACCUAUGGGUGCCCAACCCCAUGCAGGACUCUAAUAAGGGCAGGUAAUUGGUAGCUGUCAGAAUUAUAAUUUCAAUGACCAUUUGUUCUGGAGCAUUAAACAUCUUGUUAAUUGAUAUCCUAUUAGGAAGCACCUAUUUUCUCCCUAUUUUGUACCCUUAAUGCACUGAGCUUGCCAAGUGGUAGAUCUCAAGAGCUUCGCUUGGGCACCAGAGUCACAAAUGAUUCUGUAGAUGUAUUCAGGCUGUGUGAAUGUGUGUUGUAGGUACUAAAUCAAAUAUAUGCACAUAUUAUAUUUGACUGAUACUGGAAGCUAAUACAAAAGUGAAUAUAGCAAUUAUAGAAUUAUUACAGAUGAUUAUAGGAUGAUUAUUCAGUAUAUUUAUUAGUCAUUAUUUUUAUAGGUAGCCCAGCAGAAAGCAACCUCGGCAGCUACUGGCUGAUCUCCCUGUAGGCUCUGGGUGAAGGUAAUGCAUCUAUAACCUGGCGGUGGGCUAACCAGUGGCUCAUCCCACUAACAGAUCCCAUAGAUUAAACAAGUUCCAUAACAGAUAUUGGUUUUUGUUCUUUUUUCUUAAGCUUUCCAUGCACUUAUUAAGCUUCUCAUUUCAGUUGGAACAAACCCUGCCCACAAUAUCUUUAGGAUUAGCUAUACUCUAUAUUGGUUGCUAUCACUGUAUUAAAACAUCAGUAUUUAUAUCCUGUUUCCAAUCUAGCGCUUAAGAAUAACCGUUUGAUGCAUUAAGUCGUAUCCGCAGUGGUUGCAAGCUGGAUACACUACGGGUUACUGUAUUAAGCACACACCUAGCCGCAGCUAAUAAGCUCUGGGGCAGAUCCAAGUCAAACAAUUGGCACUUAUUCCGCCUCACUGUUCCCACACGUGCCCUGUUGUUAUUUGCAAUUGUAUUUUAUGAAAGAAACAACUGAGGGCAAGGUAUCGGUGUGUCAGAUAUGUAAUAAUAACUACAUGCUACAAUAAAGAACAACAGGUUGCAAAUA